AGAUGGCCUAAAAUGCCACAAUUGUUUUCACGAGUUCUGUUUUGAGAGCCUUCGUGAUUGGGACCGGCAAAUGCGAACGUUUCAAAUUGUGCACAUCCGCAGAUCCCGCAUUUUCACAGCCUGAAUUGUCAGCGUAAAGAUCAUGUUAGAAUUUCAAAUUCAAGCUGAUUUCAAGCUCUCGUGAACAAAUUCAGGCUUCUGAGAGGAGAUGUCGACUGGUGACGUGCCUAUUACAGCUUACAAGUGGAAGAAAUACGGACACAAGGUGCUCUCGUCUCAUCAGGAAGGCAAAAGAUUUUACUACGCCUGCGCGGAAAAAGACUCGUUAGGAUGCCCGGCCAAGUUAGUCGUGGACAAGGUCCCGAUCCAACGCAUCAGCAACAGCGCUACAACGGCUGCAGGCAGCAGCGCCGGCGGCGCAAGCACCUCCCGGCGAGUUGAGAUGCGAGCGAGGCGUCUGACCGCCAAGAACAGCACAACCACCCGCCUCCCCAACCGGACUCUGACACCCCAUUGUCAUCAUCCCCUCCUUCCCCUUCCCCUCCCCCUCCCACUGCCAGUGCCAGAGCUAGUAGUAGUACUACCAGCGUGGAUCUACCACCAGGUCCAGGAUCCAGCACUCAGAUCCAUGGCCCAAGUUUCCCGCCGGCUCAUGAUCCCGUGGCUGUUGGCCCAAUGGCUCUGGAUUUAGUACCUGACUGCUCCAGGACACCAAGCAGCCGAAACGAUGAAGCCAACCCUAAGAAACGCCGCUCUCCUGCUCUUACUACCACACCUAGUCUACAAGAUUCACUUCCGUUUUCAUCACCCGGGGAAGCGGCGUUCCCUCUGCCAGUUCCAAGGGGCUCCUGUGCAGCAGCAGAGGAGUCCACUACAGUGGCGUUCAAGAGGUUUCAACUUGACCCUGACCCCGCCUCUCAUUCUUUUAUCCCCCCGGCAUUAAACCCGCAGCCUCAGCAUCAGCCUCAGCCGCGGCAUCAGCCUUUCCCCCCUUCAUUGGGCUCUGGACGUUUUUCCGGUCCGGCAGUGGGUUUUCAGUUUCUCCCUGACAGCUCUGAGGCUCUUCCCUUGGGUUUUCCACCCGCCAGCACACGGAAUGGCCUUCCGGAUGCUGUGUCAGGGCCGAACGCCUCCUUAGUAGGGGCUCGGAUUGGCAUGUAUAUAAGGCCCACUAACGCUCAGCUUUCUCAGAUGCAUACUAAUGAUUCGUGGCCCGCAGGUGCUGCUUCAGGUGCUGCUUCAGAUGCCCGUUCAGUUGACCACUCAGUUGGCCGUUCCGGUACCGCGUCAGCCAGCCUGUCAGGUGUCCUCUCGGGUGCCAAUUCAGGUGCCGCUGCGUCAUCACACCGCCAACUGUCUCGGGGUGGGGCUAAUUGCAUUUAUACGGAAAGCAGGGGGCAUUGCAACUCUCGAGAAGCUCCGGGUGGGGUUCAGUCAAUAGCUGUGAAGGAAGAGUGGAGCAGCGAACACAGAGGGGGGGAUCAUGCUCCGGAUGCUGGACGAAAGACACUCUUUGUAGGAGAUGCUGGUUUGGACUUCAGAGAACCCUCUUUGGAAGAAAUAGUGCGGCUGAGGCAAAGUCUGCGUGUGGAUCGGACUAUACAAGGUGAAGAAAGAGUAGCACCAUCCUGUGAAGUCCCUACACCCCAGCCUCAAGCCUUCGGUCGUCUGCUAUCGCUAGACUUCAGGAAUUCAGGGAGGGAUGACUGCAGCAGUAAGCCCCGCAGCACGCGCUACAAGCACCAGCGGCAUCAGGCGACCAUGUGUGGGUUUGUUGAUAAGUCCGCUCCUCACUGUCAGCGGCGCUACUGUGAUGCUGGUGAUGCUGACGAUGGUGAUGGUGAUCAUUUUGAUGGUGCUGGUGCGGCUGCUGGUGCUGCUGCUGGUGUUGCUGCUGCUGGUGCUGCUGGUGGUGUUGCUGCUGGUGGUGCUGGUGGUGCUGCUCGUGGUGGUGCUGUUGGUGGUGGUUGUGACGCAGGGCGGACUAUGCAAAGAAUGCAAGGUGUUGACGUGGCAGAUCGUGGGCAACAGGAGGUCGUUGAUGCAGGUACCUGCAGAGGAGGGGGUGUAACAGCAUGCGUCAAGGUUGAACCUGUGGCGUCACCACUGUCUCUCAAUCUCCCUGCAGUUCACACCACCGCUGAUUCCAAUGGUGUCUCUUCUCCUGACGUGAUUGCUCGUGGAGGUCCUGUGAGGCAGCGCCCAUGGUCUUCUCCGUUGCGCUGUGGGCCUGCGCUAGAAGUAACGGAAGCAGCAGCAGCAGCAGCAGAACCAAAAGCACGAGUUAUUGGAGCUGGAGAGGCAGCAGUAACAGGACAAAAAGGAGAAGGGGUAGGAGCAGGAGGAGCAGCAGGAGAAUGGGCAGCAGCAGCAGCAGUAGCAGCGGCGGCAGGGGAAGAAGGAAACAGAGCAGCAGCAGCAGUAGAAGGUGAAGUAGCACCGGCGUCGUCACCAGCAGCAGCAGCAGCAGCAGCAGCAGCAGCAGCAGCAGCCGAGCAGCAAACAGCGGUGCCAGAACCAGCACCGCACAUGUCAGCACCUUCCGCGAGAAUGAGAGGCAGUGCAACAGGCGCUGACUCGCCGUGGAGGCGCCUCCAUGCUUGCUUCUCCAAGGCGUCCCCUCUACACGCCCACCUCACCUCUCACCCCCUCGCCUCCAAGUCAGCUGCUGGUGCUGCUGGUGCUUCUGGUGCUGCUGGUGCUUCUGGUGCUGCUGGUGCUUCUGGUGCUGCUGGUGCUUCUGGUGCUGCUGGUGCUUCUGGUGCUGCUGGUGCUUCUGGUGCUGCUGGUGCUUCUGGUGCUGCUGGUGCUUCUGGUGCUGCUGGUGCUUCUGGUGCUGCUGGUGCUUCUGGUGCUGCUGGUGCUGCUGGUGCUGCUGGUGCUUCUUAUGCUUCUGGUGCUUCUGGUGCUGCUGGUGCUGGUAACACUGGUGGCGUUGGUGGUUCUUCUCUCACAGCCGCUGCUCUCACUCUACAUCCUUCGCCUCCUCGCUUCUCACCCAUGCAACAUACCCUGUCUUCCCCUCUCCCUCCUCCUCCGCCUUCUCUCUCCCCCUCCGUGACACCCACAACUCGCACAGCACUCCCUCCAACCAUUCUUCACCACUCUGCCAACCCUGCCACCCAGUUCCUUUCCCUCGCCACAGCAGCAACCGCUGCAGCAGCAGGAGCUGAUUCGGCCUUUGGUGCCACUGGGAGUGCAGCUGGGAGCUCAGGCGGCCUUCUGAACACAGUCAGCGCAGUCAACGCAGUCAAUGCAGUCAACGCAGUCCAUGCAUUCAACGCUGUCUCACCAUUCCUUCUGCCACCUUCUGCUUGGCCCUAUGCCUCACUCUUCACUCCGACUCCCCCUGCGGUAACACCUGCUGCUGUGACAUCUUCCGUAACUCCUGUGGUAACACCUGCUGGGACACCUGCUGGGGUAACACCUGCUGGGAUAACACCUGCUGGGGUAACACCUGCUGGGGUAACACCUGCUGGGGUAACACCUGCUGGGGUAACGCUCGCUGUAGCACCUGCCGCACUGCCCAGUCCCACCCUUCCUGCUGCUGUCAUUCUGAGUGCAGCCAGUGCGCUGGACACCGUGCGGGCGCUGCUGCUGUCCCAAGCUGCAGCCAGUGAGCCGCACCAAUCCCUGGGCCUCUCCCCAGCACCUCUUGGCUCUCCAUUCCCUUCUCCUGUUCCCACUCAUGGAACUGGUUUUGAUGCUCCCACUUAUGCUGCUUCCACUUUUGCUGCUGCUCAUGCGUCUCUUGCUGCUGCUGCUGCUCCUGCUGGCGCUACUGCCAGGCGCACUGCUGCUGCGUCUGCAGCAGCAAGCCUCUCUGCCGGUUCUCUAAACGCCCUGGCAAUGCCCCUGGCGCUGCCUCGAGGAGCAGCAGCACCUCAGCAGCAGGGGCAGUCGAUGCAGUCAAUGCAGACAAUGCAAUCACUGCACUCCAUGCUGCAGACAAUGCAACCAACGCAGGGCCCAUUGGUUCCACACGCACUGCGGCAGCGACAGCAGUUGGGGGCGCAGGGGCAGCAGACGAUUCAGCAGCUGCUGCAGGAGUUUCAGCAGCAGCAGCCAGCGCAAGUGCAGUCAGUGCGACAGCAACCGUUGCAGCAGCAAUCGUUGCAGUGGCAGUCAGCAGCACAAUAGCAGCCAGCAUAAAAGCAGUCAGCACAGCAGCAGCCAGCAUAACAGCAGUCAGCACAGUAGCAGUCAGCACAAUAGCAGUCAGCACAAUAAAAGUCAGCCUAACAGCAGUCAGCACAACAGCAGUCAGCAUAACAGCAGUCAGCAUAACAGCAGUCAGCAUAACAGCAGUCAGCAUAACAGCAGUCAGCAUAACAGCAGUCAGCAUAACAGCAGUCAGCACCAUAGCAGUCAGCACAAUAGCGGUCAGCAUAACAGCAGCAGCCAGCAGAGCAGCAGCCAUCACAGCAAGCUGGAGCAUCAAAGGCGGAGGGAGGAGGGGGCAGAGGGUGGCACAUAUCUGGACCUCUGUCUCCAGUGGGCGUGCAGGUGGAUAGGAUUGUAAAAAUCAGUAGGAUUCUUCAAUAAACAAGGGGCAUACUAUGGAGGAGACACUUAAAAUCAGGUAAGUAGGUCAGAGAAUCAGGUGCCAUAAGUAGUCUGUGAUAGUUUCCACAUAUUUUAUCCCAUGGAAGGUUCCGGUUGGUAUGGAAAUAUGU